GGUUUGGGAAAAGGAGUGAUCUGAUUGGUCCACCCUCGCACGUUGUGGGCGGGGUUUAUUUUGGGGCACCAGGCACUACUUGUGCAUUAUGCAGGCGGUGACAGCAUGGACUCACACUGCUCACACUGCUUGGAAACUAACCAACGACAAACUCCUCACAGAGGCAACAAAACCGAAGUGGAGACCUCAGCCUGACGUCAACCUUGUUUUUAAACAGGGUCGAUCAAUCAUUUUAAUCGAUAUCACUGACUUUCGACAACGUCGUGACUUUGUUUUAAUUGGCACCAAAAAAAAAAAAAAAAUAGUGGUAUCCGUUUAUGGGCUCGCGACUCAUAACGAGAUGAAUUCAGUGCACAGGUGCGCGUGGACAGGUUAAUUAACAGCUAUGUUUUCUUUUGACGUCGCUUCCUAAUGAAUCGGUGAUAUUAUUAGUUGACGUAAUGGAGCAGGAGCACUUUUUGGCAUCUGGAAGCGGCGACAGUCUGUCGUCGUCAGGUUCAAACACCUUGUCCGAGGGAGAAGAAAUGACGGCUGUCCUGGACAUCAAGGUUUCUGCAGAUGGAGAUGAUGGUCGCAACUCGGACUCUGAAAGUAUGAACGCAGCAGAGGACGAUAGAAAUGCAGAGGAUGACAAGGAGACACCGGAGGAUGAAGAAUGUGACGAAGACGAAAAGUUGGACAACAUCCUCUAUCCUCCCUCCACAACCCUCAGGAAGUCCAGUAACCCAGAGUUAACUUACGGAUUAAGUCCUGCUCUCAAAUUUAAGCGACAUCUCAGCGAGGAUGGAAAACACGUUCGAAGACGGAGCCUAGGGGGUGGUCUCACAGGAAAGUACCUUCUGCUGCCCACACAUCCCCAGCAGACACAGACAGCAUGCCAGCCGUCAUCUGAGAUCUCUAACCUGCUUCGUAUGUGUUCCCGGAACCUUGGAAAGUCGGACCCCUCCCUGACUUCCAGCCUGAAGGAGCUGAGUCUUCCUAGAAGAGGCAGUUUCCUCACUCCCCGAAGCUUGAGCCCCACUCCCACUAGCCCUUGCAGUCCGUGCAGCCCUCUGCACGCAUUUCAUUUUUGGAGCUGCAGAACGAGCAACAGAAAAAGCCUGAUAGGAAGCGGACAGUCGUCAGGUUUACAACGACCUCAUUCCCCCCUCUCGUCUCUUACAGGAACGAGUCCUCAAGACAGUCCUAGAAAUUUCUCUCCUAGUGCCUCUGCUCAUUUCUCCUUUGCACGAAGGACUGAUGGUCGCCGCUGGUCGUUGGCCUCCCUUCCCUCCUCUGGCUAUGGAACCAACACACCCAGCUCCACCGUCUCUUCAUCCUGUUCAUCACAGGAGAAGCUGCACCAGCUGCCCUUCCAGCCUACGCCUGAUGAACUGCACUUCCUCUCCAAGCACUUCUGUACUGAGAGUAUCUCCGGGGACGAAUGCCGCAGAGCGACGGCCAUGCGACCCCGCUCUCGCAGUCUCAGCCCUGGGCGAUCUCCCUCAUGUUACGACCAUGAGAUUAUUAUGAUGAAUCACGUCUACAAGGAGCGGUUUCCUAAGGCCACAGCUCAGAUGGAGGAAAGGAUUCAGGAGAUCAUCCGCAGCAACUCUCCAGAGAACGUCCUCCCUUUAGCAGAUGGUGUGCUCGGCUUCGCACAUCACCAGAUAAUUGAACUGGCCCGUGACUGUCUGGAGAAGAGUCGGCUAGGACUCAUCACCUCCAGCUACUUCUGUGAACUCACUGACAAGCUGGAGAGGCUCGUCCAGGAGUCCACAGAGAGGUCAGAAAGCGAGGAGGUAAACUUCAUCAGAGAGGUGGUGAAGAAGAUCCUCAUCGUCAUAGCUCGACCCGCUCGACUCCUGGAAUGUCUGGAGUUUGACCCUGAGGAAUUUUACCACCUUUUGGAGGCCGCUGAAGGACAUGCGAAAGAGGGCCAGGGCAUCAAAACAGACAUCCCACGUUACAUCAUCAGCCAGCUGGGACUCACACGAGAUCCUCUGGAAGAAAUUGCCCAGCUGACCAGCUGCGACAGCGGGAUUGCAGAAACUCCAGAAACAGAUGACUCUUCUCAGAGCCUGAGCGCAGCCUUGCGGUCCCGGCGUAAACCCUGUGAACUGGACUUUGAGAUGACAAAACUCAUCAGCAAUGGCGCCUACGGAGCUGUUUAUUUGGUUCGACACAAGGAAACUAAGCAGCGGUUUGCCAUGAAAAAGAUCAACAAGCAGAACCUGAUGUUGAGGAACCAGAUACAACAGGCCUUUGUGGAGAGAGACAUCCUCACCUUUGCUGAGAACCCCUUUGUGGUGUCCAUGUACUGCUCCUUUGAGACACGGCGGCACCUGUGCAUGGUCAUGGAGUACGUCGAAGGAGGAGACUGCGCCACCCUUUUGAAGAACAUGGGUCCCCUGCCUGUGGAUAUGGCCAGGAUGUACUUUGCAGAGACAGUCCUGGCUCUGGAGUACCUCCACAACUAUGGCAUCGUCCACAGGGACCUAAAACCAGACAAUUUGCUUGUCACAUCAAUGGGACACAUAAAGCUGACAGAUUUUGGGCUGUCCAAAGUUGGGCUGAUGAACAUGACCACCAACCUGUAUGAGGGACACAUAGAGAAAGAUGCCAGGGAGUUCUCUGAUAAGCAGGUAUGUGGGACCCCAGAGUAUAUUGCUCCAGAGGUGAUCCUGAGACAAGGCUAUGGGAAGCCAGUGGACUGGUGGGCCAUGGGCAUCAUCCUCUACGAGUUCCUUGUGGGCUGUGUGCCGUUUUUCGGAGACACGCCAGAGGAGCUGUUCGGACAGGUCAUCAGUGACGAGAUCAACUGGCCUGACGGAGAUGAUGCCCCACCGCUCGACGCUCAGGAGCUCAUCACCUUGCUGCUCAGACAGAAUCCUCUGGAAAGGAUGGGUGCAGGCGGGGCGGCCGAAGUGAAGCAACAUCAGUUUUUUCACAACCUGGACUGGAACGGCCUGCUGAGGCAGAAGGCUGAGUUUAUUCCUCAGCUGGAGUCUGAAGAUGACACCAGCUACUUUGACACUCGCUCUGAGAGAUACCAUCACCUGGAGACAGAGGAGGAGGAUACAAAUGAUGAAGACUUCAACGUGGAGCUGCGGCAAUUCUCUUCUUGUUCUCACCGAUUCUCCAAGGUUUACAGCAGCCUGGAUCUGUCUCGCGGUCACCUGGAGGAGAAGGGAGAGACGGAGGAGAAGAAGAGUGAGAGCCCACUGACUGUGGACUCUCUCAGCUGGACGCCAGACUUUGCUGAAAUGCCCUCCCUGUCCCACUCGACAGACACCGAGAGCAUGAAUCAGGCCGCUCGCCCCAGCUUGCUACCAAAGUUCGCCAUCUCAGCUGAGAGUGAGGGAGACGAGUCCUCUGGCCUCGGUGACCCCAGCAAGGCGUCCUUCUCCAUCGGAGAGCUCCCGCAGGAUGAGCCUGACGCGACCACUCCCGGCAGCACCCACAGUGGAGCAACUCUCUCUGGAAGUUUCUCUGAACAUUUGGACCAACUGACGCCCAGAGGUGAAGGGGUGCAGAGCCCAGACAGUAGCAGUCAUAUCUCCGGAGACCAGGGGGUGCAGACCGCCUCUCUGCGACCUGAGAGCGCUGCGGAGAAGACCGGAGCUGUGGCUAAAGUCCCAAAGUCUGUGUCAACUGGCGCCCUUUCGCUCAUGAUCCCCGGGGAUAUCUUCGGGGUGUCUCCGCUGGCCAGCCCUCUAUCUCCCUACUCCCUCUCCUCAGAUCCUUCCUCGAGAGAUUCCUCUCCAAGCCGAGACUCCUCACUGUGUACAACCAACCCGCGGCAGCCUGUCGUCAUCCACAGCUCUGGGAAGAAGUUUGGCUUCACGCUGAGGGCAAUCCGGGUGUACGCCUGUGACGGUGACAUCUACACUGUAUACCACAUGGUCUGGAACGUAGAAGACGGCGGGCCUGCACAUAAAGCCGGACUCAAAGCCGGAGACCUCAUCACUCAUGUGAAUGGAGAACCAGUUCACGGUCUCGUCCACACUGAAGUGGUGGAGCUCCUGCUCAAGAGUGGUAGCAAAGUGGCCAUCUCCACAACCCCCUUUGAAAAUACUUCAAUAAAAACCGGUCCUGCCAGGAGGAACAGCUACAGGAGCAAGAUGGUUAGAUGUGCCAAGAAGCCCAAGAAAGAAAAAACACCAGAAAGGAGACGCUCCCUCUUCAGGCGUUUUGCGAUGCAGCCCUCCCCUCUCCUGCAUACAAGCCGAAGUUUCUCCUCUCUCAACCACUCUCUUUCAUCUGGCGAGAGUCUCCCUGGCUCCCCUACCCACAGUCUCUCCCCUCGUUCCCCUACUGCCGCCUUUCGCCCCACACCUGAUUUCACCCAGUCAGGUGGCAACUCUUCCCAGAGUAGCUCUCCCAGCUCCAGCGCUCCAAACUCCCCUGCAGGCUCAGGCCACAUUCGUCCCAGUACUCUCCAUGGUCUCGGCCCCAAACUGCCAGGUCAACGGCUUCGUCAGGGGCGUCGCAAGUCUGCCGGUAGCAUUCCUCUCUCUCCUUUGGCUCGCACACCUUCACCUACCCCUCAGCCAACAUCUCCUCAGCGUUCACCGUCUCCUCUUCUUAGUGGACAUUCUGUUGCCAUUUCCAAGACAACCCAAGCUUUCCCAGCCAAGAUACAUUCCCCACCCACAAUUGUACGCCAUAUCGUACGCCCCAAAAGUGCUGAGCCACCUCGCUCACCCCUCCUGAAACGAGUCCAGUCCGAGGAGAAGCUGUCCCCCUCUUACACAGGAGACAAGAAGCACCUGUGUCCUAGAAAACACAGCCUGGAAGUGACCCAAGAGGAGGUGCAGGAUGAGGAACUGAGAGCUGGGGACCGCGAUUACACCGUUUUGCAGAGUGUGGACGAAACAGCCUGCGAGCCAGUGGCGAUCACCCGUGUGCGACCUGUUGAGCAGGGUUGCUUAAAGAGGCCCAACAGUCGCAAGAUGGGCCGACAGGAAUCUGUUGAAGAUCUGGACAAGGAAAAGCUGAAAUCCAAGAUGGUUGUGAAGCGACAAGACUGGUCAGAGAGGAGGGAGUCUCUGCAGAAGCAAGAUGCGCUGCGUGAAUCUGACUCGUCCGCCAUGUGCAGUGAUGACAGGGAGGAAAGUUUUCUGGUCCGGGGUCAAAGCAAAACUCAGAGUAGCCCAGAUUCUGGCCCUUUGGAGGCCAAAGCUGCCAGCGCCACCCUUAAAGAUGUGCUGUAUAAAAAACUUAACACACGUGUCUCUGAGGGCAUCACUGAAUCGUCUGGUAGCAGCAGUGAAAGUGACGGAGGACUCCGAUCGAGCCUCUGUUCUAUUCACUCAGAUCGGCAGCACUCCAGACAGGGUAAAGACAACAUGAAGCCUGACAGACUGGACUUCAAAGCUCCCAACAUCGAGUUCACCAGGAAGAGGCUGUCAUUUGAAGAACGAGAGGACUGCAUCUGUCGGUUGUCUUCCGGCCUCCAUGAGAACCUCCACUUUGGCUCCACCAGGUCUAAGAGCCUCCAGCUGGACACAGCCAUGUCUCAUGACCACAUGAAGGCAGGACUGGGAAGUAUUCACUCAAGCCCUGAAGGUCUGGCCCCUAAGCUUUUCUCCGGCAGAGGAGAGAGUGCUGUGGAAAAGCUCCAGCUCAUCUCCUCCGCGGAGUCUCCUCUUCGAAAGACUUCAUCUGAAUAUAAACUAGAGGGACGCCAUGUCUCCUCUCUCAAACCUCUGGAGGGCACUCUGGAUAUUGGCCUGCUCUCAGGGCCCAGAGUCUCCAAAACAGAGACCUGUUUAUCCAAAAUGGUGGAGAACACAAACAACACUGUUUCUGUGAGUCCUCCAAUUUGGCUCCAGAGCCCUACUGAGAAACAAAUAACCAUCCCCCAACUGAAAACUGCAGACAAGCUGAAGAGCCCCCUCGCUUGUUCCCCAGGUCCUGAAGCCAUUUCCUCUCUAAAUAGCAUAGUUGUCUCCAAAGAGCAGUCAAAUCAUUUAGCCACGGAGGUAAAGAGCAGUACAAGUGGUGAGAAAACACAGGACAGACAUAGUGAUUCAUUAAAGCCCCCAACCAGCAAAGGGGAAACCUCAACUUUUACUGUUAAACAAGAAAGCAGGACUGGUAUGAAGGCCAGUUCAUCUCUGGCUCAUGAACAUAGAGCCCCUCGACAUAGCUCCCACUUCUCCUCCUGUGGAAAAACACCCUCCAUACGGGAAGUCAGCAAUGAAGAUCAGGAAGAUGAAGUGGAACAGCAGGAAAUCACACAACACACUACAUCACAAAAUGUUGACAGCUGCAAGACAGUGGUCUCUUUGACUUCAGCAAAGCUGGAGUUGGACAUAAAAACAUCCCCUGCAUCGACACAAGUGGAGACUGUAGCUACAGCUGCUAAUGCACCAUUACCUGUGUCAAUGAAGCAGAGUAUAAACUCUGGUUUGGACAAAGGUCAGCCUCAGAGCUGUGAUAAACCAGCUACUGCACAGAUCUCAAACAUGACCUCUGCUUCUAAGGUGAAUGUACAGAACAACUCUGCAUCUGUACACGUUCCAGAGAAUGUGCUUUCAAGACAGCAACUGUUGAACAUCUGCUCUUCUAAUAAUAUCACAACUUCAGCAUCUGGUUCUGUGCAUAAAGAUAAAACCUGCAGUCCAAACUCGAAAGGCCGGGAUUGCUCUGAAAGACCCGCUAGCAGGGACAGUGUUCAGUCUAACAGGUCAGCUGUGAAGGUGGUUGGUGAUACAGGCAGCCCAGGGUCUAAGAAGGAAGUUAACACAUGUACCACAGUUGAAAAAGUGGAGCAGAAAAAGGAGGUUUCUACUGUCAAGACGACCACCUCAUCAAACAACAUCACAGAAAUCACACUGACUGUAAACAAAAAGAAAGUUAACACUGUGUCUGCUGGUGCAACAGAGAGUAGUAGCAUAACGGCGCAGAAGAAAGAGGACCCCAUAUCACCAAAGACAAAGAAUAAAGGCAACGUGAAAGAUUCAGAGCAGCUAUCCAAUCACCAUCCAGCUGAAAAAGCACAGCACAAAUCACCCGAUUCAGCGUCUUGCACCUCUAAAAAACAAGAAACUGUCAUCAAUGUAAAAGAAAACACCAUGGUAGCUACAGCAAAGCAGAAAUGUUCAGCUCCAGCAAUUACAAAUGAAAACGUUUCGAGUCUCAAAAGUAAGUCGAGGCCUGACCCACAACCUGUGCAACAGACCGCUGUGAAGACAGAGAAGGAAACCAAAACACCUCCUCCUGUCCAAGUAGUCAAGGGAAGUCCAAAUUCAAAACAGAGAGAUGCGUCUAAAGAAUCCGCGCUCUCAACUUCAACCGUUCAAGUAACACAUGACUCCAAACGGAAAGAAGCCACGUUGCCAUCCACUGGAGUUCAUGUAAAGCGGGAAGAAUCGUUCCAGCCGACACAUCCUUCUCCAACUUUUGCAGAUGUGAAACAAAAGGAAACACAGCCCAAAAGUUCUGUAGCAACAUCAACUCAUGUAGUAAAAGAAAUAAAAGAAAACACAGACUCGAAGCCAAAAUCUCUCCCUCCUAAAACGGCCCCCUCAUCGGCAACUCUAAAGCCCUCUGUAGCUCCACCGCAAGUUAUUAAGCAAAGUCUUGAUGCCAAACAUAAAGACCCCUCACCCAAAACCCCAGCUGUUAAAGACCAUCAUGACUCAAAACCAAAAGUCGUUGCUUCACCUCUUACUGCACCUCAAAAUCAGCUGCAGCAGCUCAGGAAGGAGCCUCCGCCACCGUCAGACGUUCCCUCUCAGCCUGAUCCAUCACCGGUGCCGCUGAAACCCGCAGCGAAAAAAGAAACACAUUCACCCAGCAGUGCAGCCGCCUCAGGCAGGGUCUCCACCUGCGCACCCCAGGAGGCUGUAGUCAAGGUAUCCAAGGAAAGCCCCAAGUCUGAGGCGUCUAAACCGGACAGUUGCAAAAGCCCGGAUAUCAGAGUCACCACCCCGGACAAACAAGUGUCCUCCAGCCGGAAGGAGCAGGCUGAGAGGAAGAAAAAAGAAACUGUUCAAGACGUCACGUCUGCACAGAAAAACACAAAGAGAGACACAUCCAGAGCUACUCCGUCUGCUGUAAAAGAAAGUUCAGACAAAGACACUGGCAGGUGCAAGCAGCAGAAGGAGUCACCACGCAGUUCAAGUAACAAAAAGUAAAGAGGGAAGGGAAAACAUUACUGCUCCACAGAAUCCAGAUUUAAUAAAAACAAAUGUUAGAAAUGGUUUGUGCAAGCAUCAUCAUGCCUUCUUUUUUUUUUGUUUGAGGACCGGGCAAUCUGUUACAAGCUGAUAGAGAGGUAGGGUGUGUGUGUGUGUGUGUGUGCGUGUGUGUGUGCAUUUAAUAAGAUUACUUCUGACAACACAUGUAAAUGUUUCGAGGUGUGAAUGUAGGCAAUCAUUUUGCUGAUAAUUUCUGGUAUGUUGUGUUUUACUUUUGCAUCAAGUUGAAUGUUUGGAAGUUGUUUUUUUUUUUCUGUUCAUCGCAGAAUGCUUCGUGCAAUCAGUAUGUCAGGGGGCAAUAGGGAGGAGCCUUACAAAGGUCGCGAUGUACUGUAGAGUCAGUGCCAUAAAUGAUUUUGAAUUGCACUCUUACUUCUAGACUUGGAGGACCUGAUGUCGAAGGCGAUAGUCUUUUAAUGCAGUAGACCAUGCAAUGUUGCUUAGCAAUAUAGCAAUGUUGUAUCACAAUUGUUUCUGUUCAUUAUAAUCAAAUUAUUUUUUACGUUGGGUUUUGUGCAUUGGUACACAGAGGGAAUGCACUAUGUUCUGUGCUUUUCACCUAAAACUUUGAAAAUAUGGAAUCAUCUUAACGGUUCUAGGAAUCAUAUAAUUAGUGACGGGGCCUUAGAAUAAUGGGAAAUAAAACUUGCUGUUCUUAGCAAGGCGUGGUGUUCAUUCACAUUCCUCUGACAUCUGUACAUAUAUUUUUUGAUUUUUAUGCAAUAUGGUGUAAAUAUGAUAACACUGUAAAACUGGGAUACAUGGGCUUACAUGAUUGUCAUUUGUAUUAUAUGUAUAGAUUUUGCAGUGUCAUGUUUGUAUGCUCGAUAUUAGAGAAUCAUGUUCCGCUUGAUAAACUCUGUGGUCAAAAGUAAGCUAACGUGAUGUAUCUCGUCAAAAAGGCAUCCUAUCGUUUUGUGACUUUUAACAUGUUUUCACAUGUUCCAAAAUUAACUUGAAGAGAGAAAGAGACAAAAAAAAGGCAUUUGGGGAGGGGGAGGGGAGGGGAGAGGGUAACUGGGCUAUUUCUAAAAAUGUAGCAUUAUAUAACAAAACUGUGAGGGCUGCCAGCGUUUCCCAAGAAUGUCUUUAUUGUUGAUAAUGUAUUUGCAGGCUGACUACGGUUUGAAGAAUGAUGACUGUGUAAAAUAUGAAGUAUUGUCGUUUGAUUGGUGAGAUGAACCAGCAAUUCUGCGUAUGUUUGCCAAUAAUUACUGCAGUAGAUUUCUAAAGGAUGUGGACAUCAUCUCCGGUUGUGUCCAUGUCUGCCCAGAAUGAUGUAAGAUCACUCGUGUGUGUGAAAAAAGAUAAGAUCUGAAAGAGUUUCAAGUCCAAGACCGCAGACACUGUCAGGGUUUCAAAGGAUGUCAGGCUUCAGUCUCUCAGUGUUGUAUAAGUCAUGUGUUAGUGUUUCGAUCUCAACGCAGAGCCUGGGUUUAAGAUUUUUAUGUGAGGAAUCCUGAUUAUUUGCAUAGUUCAUGUCCGCAUCAUACAUUUGAUGUUAACGUGCAAAUACUUGGUACUAUAGGCUGCCAUAUAUCAGCUUUUCUCAUUCUGCUAUUUACACAUACACACACACACAAUGUUUCUAAACUGUAGAUGCCUUUAAAUUGCAAACCCUAAACGACAACCAGAAAGUAGCCUAGGACACUACGUAUGUAAUGCAGUAUUCGCUCUGUCGUGCUGGCUAUAUAAAAAUAAUAAUCUUGAAUACUACAUAUACUCUACAGUAUGUUGAAGUCAAAUAGGAAAAUCCUUCAUUUAAACUUGACACAGAAUAUAGCUUAUCUAAACGGCACACCGUUGUGUAUCCGAGAAUGAAACCGAAACACGUGAGAUUGAUCGCAGAGAUUUUUAACGUUAAAAGAAUCUAAUGUUUACUCGCAUUAGAUAUUGUAAAUGUAUCGCUAAUGUAUUGUGAGAGAACAAAUGCACCUUAAUGUUUGCCAUUUAUUCAGUUCAAUGGGUGAGCAAAAGAAGAAAAUUGGAACUGAAAUUGUUUAUGAAUCCCCCAUGUGUCCUGACUUUGAGACUGAAAUGAAUCACCAAAUUUUAUUUCAAUAAAUAAACAUGUAAUUUCCCCCCCUUACACACACACUUUUUUUUUUUUUUUCCCCUGUGGCGACAUUUAAAUCCUCAAAGCACAUUCAAUGUUUGUUUACAAAGCUUCAUGGAUGUAUAUUUUGUAUAUUGUUGAUUUGCCAAAUCUAUGUUCUGUGUCACAGAUAAUGUUGUUUAUAGUAUAGUGUGAGACUUUGCUCCUUUGCCACCAGGAUGUAAGAACAUUUGUUUGUGCAGUAAUCAACGUCUUUUCAUGUCAGGUUCUUCUUUGUCUGCUUGUCUUUUUUCAGUUUCCUUUUUUUUUUUUUCCUCCUCUGUGCAAAACUAGUAUUAGAUGAACUUGCUUAUGAUGGUUUGUCUUUUAGAAUAUGUGCAAUAAAAGUGUUUUGAGUUUUGUAUUUUGCCCAAGGAAAGCUCUAUGGAUGUCAUAGAUGUUGUAAAUUAAAACAGAUAUUUAUACUUCUAAUGUUGCGUAAUACUGAAAAUAAAAUGGAAUUAUAAAUUA